UGUUUAUUUUAAUAAGCAUAUCUUUCAAUUGUUAUUCAUUUUACUGUCGAAUAGAAGUGUUUCAACAAAUAAAAUGUCACAUCAAUCUAUAGAAGAUGGAAAACUGAUGGCAGUUAUAGGCGAUGAGGAUACUUGUGUCGGAUUUUUGCUUGGCGGCAUUGGGGAAAUUAAUGAGCAGCGCCAAUCCAACUUUAUGGUUGUAGAGAAAGAUACAACUAAAGCCGAAAUUGACCAGUGCUUUAAGCGUUUUGUAGCACGCGAAGAUAUUGCAAUCAUAAUGAUCAAUCAGAUAUACGCAGACAUGAUACGCACAACUCUCGAUAAGCAUUUGCUGCCUGUGCCCACAGUGCUGGAAAUACCUUCAAAGCAGCAUGCAUACGACUCCAGCAAGGAUUCCAUUCUAAAGCGUGCUCAAGGCAUUUUGAAGCCAGCUGGGCGACGUCGUUAGCUCAAUGGGUUCUCAGCAAUCUUUAACAUUACUUAUAUGCGUUUUAAAAUAAAAUUUGCAUAGCUUA